GAGGAGGAGAAGGGGAGGGAGGAGGGGGAGGAAGGCGCCGCCGCCAUUACAGGCCCUGCACCGCCCCGGCAGCCCCCGGCCGCCCCCUCCCCAGCAACCGACCCCGCCGAGCCGGCCAUGGCCCCGCCGCCCGCCGCCCCCCGCCUGGGCCGACGCCGCCGUCACGGGGGAACCGUGGGCCGCCCGACGGCGGGGCCCGGCGAGCACUGACCGCGCAGGAUGGGAACGGCGAACGUCACCGCCCCGGCGUCGUCCCGCCUGGCGUGAGAACCGUCCUUCCGCUUCAGCCCGGCGACGUCGAUCCUCUCGGAAGCGCUUGAUUUGGGACAGGAUGUGCGGACGAUGAUGAUGGCGAGGAAGCAAGAUGUCCGCGUUCCCACCUAUAACGUUAGCGUGGUGGGGCUGUCGGGAACGGAGAAGGAGAAGGGGCAGUGCGGCAUCGGCAAAUCGUGCCUCUGCAACCGGUUCGUGCGGCCGAGCGCCGACGAGUUCCAUUUGGACCACACGUCGGUUCUCAGCACCAGUGACUUUGGAGGAAGAGUGGUCAACAACGACCACUUCCUCUACUGGGGAGAGGUUGGGCGUUCUUUGGAGGACUGCGUGGAGUGCAAAAUGCACGUGGUGGAGCAGACGGAGUUCAUCGACGACCAAACCUUCCAACCCCACCGCAGUACGGCUUUGCAGCCCUAUAUCAAGAGGGCGGCCGCCACCAAACUGGCGUCGGCGGAGAAACUCAUGUAUUUUUGCACCGAUCAGUUGGGUUUGGAACAGGACUUUGAGCAGAAACAGAUGCCGGAAGGGAAACUGCUGGUGGACGGUUUCCUUCUCUGCAUCGACGUCAGUCGAGGGAUGAACAGGAACUUUGACGAUCAACUCAAAUUCGUUUCUAACCUUUACAAUCAAUUAGCGAAAACGAAAAAACCCAUCGUGGUGGUGUUAACGAAGUGCGACGAAGGCGUCGAGCGGUACAUUCGGGAUGCGCACACCUUUGCCUUAAGCAAGAAGAACCUCCAAGUGGUGGAGACGUCGGCUCGAUCCAACGUGAACGUCGACUUGGCCUUCGGCACUUUGGUGCAGCUGCUCGAUAAGAGCCGAGGAAAGACCAAAAUCAUCCCCUACUUCGAGGCUUUGAAGCAGCAAAGCCAACAGAUCGCCGCCGCCAAGGACAAGUACGAGUGGCUCGUCAGCCGCAUCGUUAAGAACCAUAACGAGACGUGGUCCAACGUGAGCCGUAAGAUGCAGUCGUCGCCGGAAUAUCAGGAUUACGUCUACCUGGAAGGGACUCAAAAAGCCAAAAAGCUCUUCUUGCAGCACAUCCAUCGCCUCAAACAAGAGCACAUCGAACGUCGGCGGAAGAUGUAUCUCGCCGUCCUUCCUCAGGCCUUCGAAGCCCUCAUCCCGGACCUGGAUGAGAUCGAUCACUUGAGUUACGUCAAAGUGGAGAAGCUCUUGGAGACGAAGACGGACUUCCUGAAGUGGUUUGUUGUCCUGGAGGAGACGCCGUGGGAUACCACCGGCCACAUCGACAACAUGGAGAACGAACGGAUUCCUUUCGACCUGAUGGAGACCCAACCCGCCGAGCAGCUCUACGAAGCUCACUUGGAGAAACUGAGGAACGAGAGGAAAAGGGCGGAAAUGAGAAGAGCUUUCAAAGAAAACUUGGAGACUUCGCCUUUCAUCACGCCGGGGAAACCCUGGGAGGAAGCGCGAAGCUUCAUCAUGAACGAAGACUUCUACAUGUGGUUGGAGGAGUCCAUUUAUAUGGACAUCUACAGUAAGCACCAAAAACAGAUCAUCGAGAAGGCAAAGGAGGAGUUCCAGGAGCUGCUCUUGGAGUAUUCGGAGCUGUUUUACGAACUGGAACUCGACGCUAAACCCAGCAAAGAAAAAAUGGGAGUCAUCCAAGAGGUUUUGGGCGAAGAGCAAAGGUUCAAAGCUCUGCAGAAGCUUCAGGCCGAGCGAGACGCCCUCAUUUUGAAGCACAUCCACUUUGUCUAUCACCCAACCAAGGAGACGUGUCCGAGCUGCCCGAACUGCGUUGACUCCAAGAUCGAACACCUCAUCAGCUCCCGCUUCAUCAGACCUUCGGAGCACAACCAGAAGAACUUGUUGUCCGACUCCAACAUCGAUCGGAUCAACCUGGUGAUCCUCGGCAAGGACGGUUUGGCGCGCGAGUUGGCCAACGAGAUCCGGGCGCUCUGCACCAACGACGACAAAUACGUCAUCGAAGGGAAAAUGUACGAAUUAUCCCUACGACCCAUCGAGGGUAACGUCCGUCUUCCCGUCAACUCCUUCCAGACUCCCACCUUCCAACCCCACGGCUGCCUCUGCCUCUACAAUUCCAAGGAAUCGCUCUCCUACGUGGUGGAAAGCAUCGAGAAGAGCCGCGAGUCGACCAUCGGGAGGAGGGAAAACCACUUAAUUCACCUCCCGCUGACGCUCAUCCUCGUCAACAAGAGAGGGGACACCAGCGGGGAGACGCUGCAGAGCUUGAUCCAGCAAGGCCAGCAGAUCGCCAGCAAACUGCAGUGCGUCUUCUUGGAUCCGGCGUCGGCCGGCAUCGGCUACGGCCGGAACAUCAACGAGAAGCAGAUCAGCCAAGUCUUGAAGGGUCUACUGGACUCGAAACGCAACUUAAACCUCGUCAGCUCCACCUCCAGCAUCAAAGAGCUGACGGACGUCGACCUUCGCGUCGUGAUGUGUUUGAUGUGUGGAGAUCCCUUCAACGCCGAUGACAUCCUCCAACCCAUCCUGCAGUGCCAGAGCUACAAAGCAGCGCAGUGCGGCGGCAGCGGCAGCUCCGUCCUCCUGGAAUUGGCCGUCGGUCCUCACCGGAGACGCGUGGAGCUCUCCCUCCUUUCCUACCAUUCGUCUUUUAGCGUUCGGAAGAGCCGCCUCGUCCACGGUUAUAUCGUCUUCUACUCGGCCAAACGCAAAGCCUCGUUGGCCAUGUUGCGAGCUUUUCUCUGCGAAGUACAGGACAUCGUCCCCAUCCAAGUGGUGGCGUUGACCGACGCUUCCGUCGAUAUCCUCGACAACGAUUUGAGCCGAGAGCAGCUCACCGAAGGCGAGGAGAUCGCCCAGGAGAUCGACGGCAAGUUCACCGCCAUCCCUUGCAGCCAACCUCAACACAAGCUGGAGCUCUUCCACUCUUUCUUUAAGGAAGCGGUGGAGAAAAAAACCAUCAUCGAAGCCACCCACAUGUACGACAACGUGGCCGAAGGCUGUAGCACCACCGAGGAGGUGUUCAACUCGCCGCGAGCCGGUUCUCCGCUGUGUAACUCCAACCUUCAAGACUCGGAGGAAGACGUAGAACCUCCGAGUUACAGCCCUUUACGAGAGGAGCCGUGCGUCCCCGCGUUGCCCAAGGACCACUCGAAGCUUUCCAUGGAGCUGGAAGGGAACGACGGUUUGUCCUUCAUCUCCGUCAUGAGCACUUUUGAAAGCAAACUCAACAACAAAGUGCCUCCUCCGGUGAAGCCGAAGCCACCGGUUCAUUUCGACAUCACCAAGGGCGAUUUGUCCUACUUAGAGCAAAGCCACCGCGACGGCCAAAGGAAGUCCAUGUCCACGAGUAGUUGGUUACCCGCCGAUUGUUUCGAUCCUUCCGAUUACGCCGAACCUAUGGACGCUGUGGUCAAACCCAGAAACGAAGAGGAGAACAUCUACUCGGUGCCUCACGACAGCACUCAGGGCAAAAUCAUCACCAUCCGGAACAUCAACAAAACCCAAUCCAACGGGAGCGGCAACGGCUCCGACAGCGAAAUGGACACCAGUUCCUUAGAACGAGGCCGGAAGGUAUCAACCGUAACCAAACCCGUCCUUUACCGGGCGCGGUGUACGCGGUUGGGAAGGUUCGCCACUUACCGCACCAGUUUCAGCGUCGGCAGCGACGAUGAGUUGGGUCCCAUCCGUAAGAAAGAAGAAGACCAAACGUCGCAGGGGUACAAAGGCGACGGCGCCGUUAUCCCCUACGAAUCGGCCGACGGCGAAGACCCGCGAAGGAGGAACAUCCUGCGCAGCCUCAGGAGGACCACCAAGAAACCAAAGCCCAAACCUCGGCCGUCCAUCACCAAAACCACGUGGGAGAGCAACUAUUUCGGAGUCCCUUUGGCCAACGUGGUGACUUUGGAGAAACCCAUUCCCAUCUUCAUCGAACGCUGCAUCGAAUACAUCGAAGCGACGGGACUGAGCACUGAGGGCAUCUACCGCGUGAGCGGCAACAAGUCGGAGAUGGAGAGCCUACAGCGCCAGUUCGACCAGGACCACGGGUUGGACCUGGCCGAGAAGGACUUCACCGUCAACACGGUGGCCGGCGCCAUGAAGAGCUUCUUCUCCGAACUGCCGGAGCCGCUCGUUCCCUACUCCAUGCAGGUGGAGUUGGUGGAGGCCCACAAGAUUAACGAUCGGGAUCAGAAACUUCAAGCGCUCCGUGAAGUUCUCCGGAAAUUCCCGAAGGAAAAUUACGACGUCUUUAAAUACGUCAUUGGGCACUUAAAUAAGGUCAGCCACAACCACCGGGUGAACCUCAUGACCAGCGAGAACCUCUCCAUCUGCUUUUGGCCCACGUUGAUGCGUCCGGAUUUCAGCACGAUGGACGCUCUCACCGCCACGCGAACCUAUCAGACAAUCAUCGAACUCUUCAUCCAACAGUGCCCCUUCUUUUUCUACAACCGUCCCCUCCUCGACGCUCCCGGCGCCGUUCCGGCCUCUCCGGCGCCCGCUCUUCCCACCGCCUCUUUCCUCCCCUCCACGACGGCUCCACCGUCUCCUCCUCCGCGGACGCCGUCGCCGCCAUCUCCCGUCCAACCGACGCUCCUCGACGAGCAACACCCGCUGUGA